GAGCUCAUCAGUAUUGUAGUGAGACUUCCGCCGCGUGGAUCGUAGACGUUUUAUAUUCGUGCUUUGAUUUUUAGUUGAAAACCGUUACGCUUGAGUUUAAUUCCGCCCGUUGUGUUAUCCAAAAUAGUUUGAACAGUGCCUUUGAUUUAGUACAGUGCGAUUUUAUUGUAACCACCAACCUUUACGUUGCACUUUGCCGAUACGUGAUUAUUUUGGUCAGUUUUGCUGAAUGGAAUAUAGCAUAGUUCGGCCAUCACAGCAUCCACGGAGCAUGCGCAUGGUAGUUUUUAGCCUGUAGCAGCAGCAUAUAGGAACGCAAAAUAGCGCCACACACCAGCAGAGUAUCUCGGUCGGGAGCACCACCACCAACCGGCCUCAUUGGCCUUUGGAGGGAAAAGAAGUCAACAGACUCGUAUAUUGUGCAGUUGUGAUGUGAAGCUGGGAAGAUUAUAAAUAAUUUCGGAUUAUCGUGCCAAAAAUUAGCGUGCCCGUCGUGUUGCCAUUGGUUGCAAACCUCAGCAUCAGUUCGUGAAGGAAUUUUGCUCUUUGAUCAUUCGGGAUUAAAGUGGAUUACUGUUUUUCUAGUUAGUUGCAAAAAAAACAUUGUCUAGUGUUUUAAAGUGCAUGUUUGUGUACAAAGGCAAAAUGUCAUUCUGUGCAGAGAAGAAACAAACAGUGGCAGAUGUGUGAAAUGUUGAAAGCAGGUAUCGUAGUAGGCUUGAAAGAGUUGCAAAUGUGAAUCAGCGCGCCAAUUUAGUUCUAUUUUGUGUAGACGCAAGAAGAAGCGAAUACCGUGAACACUUGCCACCAACCUGUCACGCGAGGGAUCUGAAAGAAAAAUUACUAGAAGAAGAAGAAGGAGACAGUUAAUCGUUUGAACGCCAAAAGAAAACAAGCAGAUUCGAUAAAAUACAGACAAAAUGAGUGAACAAAAUGGAAACGAUUGGCCCCAAAAAGUGUGAACAUUAACUCCGAAGCAUAGUGAAACAUUUACGAUUUGUUUUGAUUAGUUAACUUCUUCUGUGAGUUACACUCGGCACCGGACCGGGGGAAACACCAGUGAAGGCCAUCCAAGUAGCCCGCGACUGGCAACGACAGCAAGGCAACCUGACCAAACGGCGGUUUCGAGGAAACAUUCAUCAAUGAGUGACCAUGUCCGGAAUCUUCAAAUACAAUCCCAAUCGGUCGGCGGCAAGUACGCCCAACCGGCGGUCGGCGUUCGGCGUUACCGGAUUCGGUGGAAGUCUCGGACACCAACAAGAUGCUAGUAUGGAUAAUUCGUACUCAAUGGGCUUCCGCUCGCCAUCGAUGGGCACCGUGGCCGGACAGAGUUCACCGGCCCAGGGCCGUUCAUUGCGCGAGUACGAGGAGCAGAUGUCCGCUCUGCGGAAGGAAAACUUUAACCUCAAGCUGCGAAUCUUCUUUCUGGAGGAGAACGCCGGAAUGGGUGUAGCCGUUGCUGCUAGCACUAGCGGAGGACCCGGACACGGUCACACAUCGCCGACGGAGGCAGGAGGUGUGCAGGAGAAUUUGUUCAAGCAGAACAUUGAUCUGAAGGUUGAGGUUGAAUCCCUCCGAAAAGAUCUGCAAGACAAGCAGGACCUGCUAUGUCAGGCGGCCAAAGCGAUGGAACUGAUGGAAGACGGUCAACGCAAGGCGGAAGAUCAACACCGGGCAGUGGUCGGUGAUCUGGAGCAUCGCCUCGAGCUGCUGCAGCACGAGAUCCAACAGAUGGAAUCAGCGGAGCGGCAACAACAGCAACAAAACAACUUGACUCGCAGCAGACUGAACGAGACUGGGUUGUUGGAUUUCCUCGAUAAAAUGGAACAUCGGAAUAUCAGUGUACAUGACAAGGUGCAGACGUUGGAACUGGAGAACAUGUUGCGACAGUGCAACGAACAGAAUGAGGAAUUGUGUCAAAAGAUUACCGAGUUGCACCAGAAGCUCGAAGAAAAGGAUAACAAGGUUAAGGAUAUGGAAUUGAAGCUGAACGAGUUGCGAUAUGAAUGUGCGGAACUGAGGGACAAAGUGGAAGAAAACGACAAAUCCACAUCGGAUGCAGAGAUUGUUCGCCUCAAGAAAGAUCUGUUCGAGACUAAAUCGGAACUAGCGGAUAAGCUGUGUCUGUUGGAUGAAACGGAAACCAAGCUGAAGGAGAAAACGGGAGAGCUGCUCAAAACUGUCAAAAUGGUGGAGAAGUUGGUGAAGACGGUUACUGAACUGGAGAAGGAGAUCGCCCGACUGAAGCGAAACUCGACCAUCUUGGAACCGGGCCACGGCACGCAUCCAACCAACGUCAUUAUCACCGAUCAGCAUCAGCAACCGGUGACCCAGGACGAGUACGAUGGACUUUGUGUGCGUCUAAAAGCCCUGCAAAAGAAAAACGACAGCCUAAUCCAAAAGCUGACCAGUGGAUCCAACGAUCGUAACGAAAACAUCAUAAUCAAGCAGCUGAACGACGAACUGAUCGCAGCACGGGAUGAGUUGGAGAAAGCGAAACACUGGCGCAAGGAGUGCGUUGACUUGUGCGCGAUAUCGACUGCCAGACUGGAGGAGUUGGCUGGAUUUUUGGAUUCGCUGCUGAGAAAUAAAGAAUUCUGCGGUUCGUUGUCAAUGGAUCGCAGAAAGGCGAUCCGGAAAGCGGUCGAUCGAAGUUUAGAUCUAUCGCGAAGUUUAAACAUGUCGAUUUCGGUUACCGGAUUGUCAUUCCCGGAGAACAGUCUAGUUGGUUUGAGCUGUUUAAGUGGUUUCUUGGAUGAGGAAGAUGAAAGAAGCUUCCUAGGAGGCGGAGACGCGAACAAAGAAAACCGGACGUUCAAUUCGCACGAGGACAAUGUUGUAGAAGGAAGCACGGCAAAAGUAAUUGAAUGUUUAAAAGCGGAGAACCGCGAGUUGAGAGGUCAGCUGGAAGGUCGAACGAAUAGCAGAAAAGCAGAUUCUCGAAGAAAGCUUAUCCCGAUUCUAACGGAACCGAUAUCCGAUUCAGAAGCAUGGUCUGAACCAGAUCGAGAUGUGUCGCUAGCGCGGAUAGGCCUCGAGGAACGUUUGUCGUUGAACAAUUCGGGUGGUAAAGGCAAAACGGCAACGGGAAGAGUUCUUCAGGAAUUAAGCUCUACUUCAGAGAAUGAGGGAAUCGCUGGAUAUCCAAAGAAGCAGGGUUUAGAGUUGAAACACCUGCAGGAAACAGUUGGAACUCUAAACAAUGCCCUACAAGAGAAGGAUAAUAAAAUCCUGGAUAUUCAAAGUCGACUAGUGGAACUGGAUAACAAACUGCAGGAGGAAAGAAUGAAAACUUCCAGAACACAGGUAGAGUUGGAAAAUACUCGUCAUGUUAACGAGCGAUUAGAGAAAGAAUAUCACAUCCAACAGGACCAAGUCAAGUGCAAUGAAAGGCGACUAGAGGAGCUGACACGAGAAAUAGCACAGAAAGACGAAUUAAUCGAAAAGCUCAAGAAGGAUCGCGAGCAAGCCUUCGUAGAUCUCAGAGUGGCAGUAAUGAAACUGGAAGAUCUCCGAUCCGAGCACCAAGAAAUCCAACAGAAACACAAAGUUCAAAUUGAAUCCCUUCUGGCACAAGAAAGUAAACGACUGGAGGAUUUGCGUAACGACCUCACGGAGUCCUUCGCCAUUCAGCUGAAGGCCAAGCAGGCAUCAUUCGAGUCUAGUCUCAGUGAAAGCUAUAUCUCCAAAAACAUUUACCUGGAGAAGGUCAAAGAGCUGGAAGAGCUACACUACCGACUAGAGGAUGCCCACCUCAAUCUCGUCAGCAUGUCGGAAGAGGAAUCCAAACUAAAAGCACAGCUGGCGGAAGCAACAACGGCAGUUCAAUCGAUGCGUAAAUCGCUAGAUGAUACCACUCUACAAGCUUCGAAGGCAGCGUUGGAACGCUCCAAGGCACUUAACGAGAAACGCUUGCUGGAGGACGAGCUGAAGCACGUCCGGUGCGAUUUGGAGACCAUUAAGGCCGAAAAGGAUGAACUUAACGCUAAAUUAGCGCAGGUUCAAGCGCAAACUUAUCGGUCUCCGGCCAAACGACUAAACAGUUCGUCUGGUGCCGAAGGAUCCAACGGAUCCGGUUACACAUCAGAAGAACUGCAUCUCGGAAAUCGGUCUGCGAAACGCGAAGGAGCAACAUCGCGUUUAGAAAAUUCUUCGCCUGAUCUUGGAAUCGAAAGCGAUGCCGGGCGUCUAUCCAACACGGAAUCAAAUCGCAGAAACUUGUCAGCUGCUGCCGAUAGUUCAACUAGUCCCAAUAGGCCUCUGUUAAAGACACUAGAGCUGACAAAAUCGAUGAGCAAUCUUUUGAUGGAUCCGAAAGAGGAAGCCAACCACGAGCUCAACUUGUCAGCUACCAGUGCCAAUAACUGCAAACAUGUGAUUCACGAUUGUGCCAAAAUUGAAGCGGACUACGCUGAACUGAAGCGUCGGUACAGACAAACCCGGGGUCAUCUACAGGUAGCCUAUGAUAGCAUUAAGACGUCCAACAAGCGUAAGGAACAACUCGAACGCGACAUUAAACAGCAAAUCCAGAAAACCAACGUGGUGCUGAAAGCAGUCCGGACUAAUAUGACCAACGAGCUAGAGAAAUCACCUUCCAGCGGUAAACUUCCGCAGUAAGAAAACAGUAACACUUCGACUCUAGAUACCGAGAUGCCAUCCAUUCCUUCGAAGAUACACGCUCACCCGCACAAUUAAGGUAGUAAACUCACGAGUCAUUUUCGACACUAAAACUAGCUGAUGACUCAAUCGACAACAUCCGGGCCAGUGUGGAUAUGCCCGGGCUGUGUUGUGCCAUUUUAAAUAAGUGAACCGAGAAGAUUGUAAAAUAGAAGCUUAGAUCGUAAGGAAGCAUGUACAUUUCACGUGUUAAAGCGUACAUCUUUUGUUAGCGUUAGAUGAUUUAACGUGUUUUGGUUUCUUCAAGCAACUGACUGACUUCUUUAUCGCCCAAUUUUAAUUCUUAACUUGCAAAAUUGCACACUAAUUUAUUUGUAUUUCAUUGUCCGAUUUUAACUAUUUCUUUUGUGAAUAAACCCGUUUAGAAAGAA